UGCAGCGCCAUGGGCGGCCGCCGGCAGGGGGGCGGCAGGGCUGAGCCCCGCUGAGCCCACCGGGCCGGCCAUGGGCGACCGCGAGCGCAACAAGAAGCGGCUGCUGGAGCUGCUGCGGGCGGCGGGGACCGGCAACGCUCACUGCGCCGACUGCGGGGCGGCGGAUCCCGACUGGGCCUCCUACAAGCUGGGCAUCUUCAUCUGUCUGAAUUGCUCCGGCGUCCACCGCAACUUCCCAGACAUCAGCAGAGUUAAAUCCGUGCGCCUUGACUUCUGGGAUGACAGUACCGUGGAGUUUAUGACCCACAACGGGAACUUCCGUGUGAAGGCCAAGUAUGAAGCCAGAGUCCCUGCUUUCUACUAUAUCCCCCAGGCCAACGACUGUCUGGUCUUAAAGGAACAGUGGAUUCGAGCAAAGUAUGAAAGACAGGAAUUUAUGGCUGAUGGGAAAACCAUCUCACCCCCAGGCGAUCGAGAAGGGUUCCUGUGGAAGCGGGGAAGAGACAAUGCACAGUUCCUGAGAAGGAAGUUUGUUCUCCUGGCAAGGGAAGGCCUCCUGAAGUACUACACUAAAGAAGAGGGUAAAGGCCCCAAAGCUGUCAUCAGCAUCAAAGACUUGAAUGCCACUUUCGAGACAGAGAAGAUAGGGAACCCCCACGGGCUGCAGAUCACCUACAGGAGAGAGGGCCGCAUCAGGAACCUGUUCGUGUACCACGAAAGUGGGAAGGAGAUAGUGGACUGGUUCAAUGCCCUCCGAGCAGCCCGUCUGCAAUACCUGAAAAUGGCCUUUCCUGAGCUCCCAGAGUCUGAGCUCGUGCCCCUCAUCACCAGGAACUACCUCAAACAGGGCUUCAUGGAAAAGACGGGUCCAAAGCAGAGAGAACCUUUCAAGAAAAGGUGGUUCGCCCUGGAUCCCCAGGAGCGGAGGCUGCUCUAUUACAAGAACCCACUGGACGCCUUUGAGCAGGGCCAGGUUUUUCUUGGGAGCAGCGAGCAGGGGUACGAUGUCUAUGAAGACCUGCCCAAGGGUAUCCGAGGGAACCGCUGGAAAGCCGGCCUCACCAUCGUCACCCCCGAGCGGAGGUUCAUCUUCACCUGCCCCAGCGAGAAGGAGCAGCGGGAAUGGCUGGAGAGUUUUCAGGAUGUCCUCUCCCGCCCCUUGACGCCCCUCAACUUCCUCACUGCAUCAACAGAGGGUGGCCACGGCUACAGGUGACCCAUUAGCUGAGGAGCUGGCCACUGGUCACCUGGAGCUUGUGGUGGGAAGGACAUGUUCUUACCUUGGCCUUGGUUGCCCAGCUGGAGGGCCCCAUAGUCAACAGCCAUCGCUGGCCAUGAACUCUGCCCAAGACUGAAGCUUUGACCUUUACCUGUUGGCUCCCUGGGCCUUCCCACUGCCCAGCCCUGGGGGCUUUGGGGAUCUGGCACAUGUCCUCAAGGCCCAGGACAUCUGAAAUGAAGGCACUGCAGUGGAAAGCCACCCACCGUGUCACGCAAGUGGCAUUCUUGCUCAGAGAGAAAAAAAGUUUAAUCUGGAUGGAACCAUGAGGAACUGAUCAGACAAAUUCACAUUAGGGACAUUCUAAAACAACUGGACUGGACCUUUCAAAAGUGUUCGUAUCAUGAAAGAUAAUGUAGUAAGGAAUGUGUUAGAUUCGAAAAGACUAAGGAAGCAAGAAAGUGCAAUUUGUGAUUCUUGAUUGGAUCCUGGGUUUUUAUGAUUUACUUAUCUUUUUAAAGAUUUUUAUUUUUAAGUAAUCUCUACACCCAAUGUGAGGCUCGA